AUGAAACUUGCAUUGUUAGGAAGAAAUAAGAUAGGGUUCGUUAAUGGAAAAUGUAAGAAGGAAAACUAUCCUGAAAGUUUGUGGGAUCAGUGGGAACGUGUGAAUGCUAUAGUAUUGUCCUGGCUUAUGAAUGUUGUAGAUAUUCAUCAAAUAGGUGGUAUUAUAUAUGCUACUGAUUCACAAGCUUUGUGGGAUGAUUUGAAAGAGAGAUUCGAAAAAAUAGAUGAUCAAGGGUGUAACUGUGAUAAGUCAAAAGAGUUUGUUCAAUAUGUGCAUAGACAAAAACUCUAUCAGUUUCUCAUGGGCCUGAAUGAGUCCUAUUCUCAAGCAAGAAGUCACAUCUUGUUGCAAAAUUCUCUUCCGAGUGUGAACCAAGCUUACUCUAUGAUAUUAAGUGAUGAAAACCAAAGAGCUAUAACUAGUUCAAACAACUCUCUUUGGUUUACUUGGUUCAAGUUCUGGUAA